UGGCAUUAUUGGUGUUUGCGUUUAGGUAACAGGUGGAGUCUGAAGUCCCACAUCGCUUUUCGGUCAUCGGUUUCCUCGUCUCUUCAUACUCUUCUCCGCGAGACGGUCGAUCGGCACGGUUCUCGCGAUUGUUGAUCGUCGAUCCGCCGAUACGUUGCUUUGUUCCUCUUGCGUGACAUUCGUGUCCGUGUCGUCUCGUCGCACGGGCGCAAUUUCGCCCGCUGAGCGCGAUCAGCUUCGUUAACCGGGUGCAAUCGUCGCACACUACCCCACGCGAGUGUCUCGUUCUUCCCAAAGCUGAGGCAGCUGAGGAAAUCGUCCGUGCGUUUAAGUAGCAAACAAUGGAGGCAAAUCGAAGAGAUUUGGUAACAAUAAUAGCACUGCAAAUACGGGAGUUGGUAGAAACGUCAUCAAGUGACAGCGAUAAUGAUGAACUUGAAAUAUUGGAAAAAAUGUUAAAUAAAAGAAGAAAAGUGUCCAGAGUACAAAAUUAUGUUGAAACAGUAGUGCCAGGGUUAACAAGUCAAGAUUUCAAAGCUCAUUUCAGGAUGCUUCCUGGAACCUUCGAGUAUCUUCUGUCUAUUAUUGAGCCAAUACUACUAAGAGAGAAAACAGAGGGAGCACCUAUGAUUUCUCCACGCAAACAGUGUUUGUUGGCGUUGUGGCGAUUAGCUACUCCAGAUUCUUUAAGGUCGAUUUCCGAUCGAUUUAAUGUCGGUAGAAGUACUGCAUUAUAUAUAACAAGACGUGUUAUAAAUGCACUUAUUGAGCUGGCACCUACUGUAAUUAAAUGGCCUACAAAUGAACGAGUUGGUCAAGUGUGGGCAGGAUUUGAAGCUAAUAGUGGAUUCCCUAAAGUCAUUGGUGCUAUUGAUGGCACGCACAUCAAUAUUCCAGCUCCUAAAGAUGAUCCAGCAGCAUAUGUCAAUCGCAAAAGUCAUCACUCAAUCCAACUUCAGGCUAUUUGUGACCACACUUGCCAAUUUAUCCACUGUUAUGUUGGACAUGUGGGGUCGGUACAUGAUCAACGAGUGUUUCGUCUGUCGGAAGUACAAUCCUAUCUUGGAGAUGUGUCAAAGUUUCCACAAGAUUGUCACUUAGUUGGAGAUCUAGCCUAUAAAUUGCAUGAAAAUUUGCUAAUACCGUAUCGAGACAAUGGCCAUAUGACACAACGUCAACGAAAUUGUAACUUUUGUCAUGCUUCUGCGAGAAUUGCUAUUGAAAGAGCUUUCGGACUAUUAAAGGGACGUUUUCGAAGUCUUCUUACAACACUUGCAAUGGAUAGAGUAGACUUAAUUCCACUGCAUAUUCUUGCUUGUUGUGUUUUACAUAAUGUGUGUCUAAUGAAAAAUGAUGAUUUUAAUAUAGAAGUGAUUGAGGAUGUAGAUGUGAUAGAUUGUGUGAUGGCCAAUAAUGAAAAUAUGCGUGAUGCUGCUUAUGCAGGUGCUGCAAAGCGAGAUUUAAUAGCUCAGAGAUUACGACUAAGAAAUGUAUAAUUGGUACAUAUUCAU